GACUUUGAAGUUCAAUUCGCAAUUCUACGGGACGAAAAGCGGCGGGUGGAAGCGAGUGGAUGAACUGGAGAUCAAGAUGACGGAUGCUGACACAAUCUUCUUGGAGCCUCGGUCCCCAUUGCGCCGCUUGGAUUUAUCAUUCUUAUUUCUCCGCCAUAUGCACCACCACUACGACGCCUAACUCUAUUACUAGUCCUACUGCCUCGCAAACUUGCAAAGCUACCCUCCUGUGUAUCUGCGCCUCUGGCCAGUGUCCUCGACAAUGCCGUCUGCGACGCGCGAACAACUACUGUCCGCCGCCCAAGCCUUCUGCGAUGCCUUUGCAAGCCAGAAGCCGCCCGAGGAGAUCUUCAGCCACUUCUCUGCGUCGGAAGACGUCCUGGCCCUGGAGCAUGGGCUGCCAGAACUAGCACCCUUCCUAGGCCGAGAGUUUCGUGGACACAAGGGGCUCCAAGAUUAUUUCCAGAGCCUGUCGUCGAACCUGAGAUAUGAAAACAUGCGCUUCAGUAAUUUCGUGGUGGACGCAGAGGUCUCCAAGGUGUCAGUCCGUGGAGAGGCCAAAUUCACUUGGACAAGCACAAAUCAGAGCUGGGACGAGGUCUUUACAUAUGUUCUCGAGUUUGACGAGGACACAAAGGUCAAGGUAUACGAGGUAUGGGCGGAUUCGGGUGCGGCAUAUCUGGCCAGUAAAGGCCUGCUCAAACAAUAAAAUAAAACGAAAGCUAAAGCUAUCCAUCAUGAUACCAUCGUCGCGUCGCGUCAAGGAUACAUAAAUGCAGGCGUGACCUUUUUGGUCAACGCUUGUGCAUCUUGGAUCCAUAAAAUGCAGUCGUCAUAAUCAUAAAAGACCAAAACUCAUUUCAAUCUCGAGUCCAACACGAACCGCACAUCGACGAGCAUCUCCUUAUCAUCCUCGUCGAACUUCAGACUAUACAUGCCUUUCUGGAAGCUCUUGACCUUGGCGCGGUAGAAGGUGUCGGUAUCAGGAUACUUGGCGUAGACGUUGGCUCCGGUGGGAAACUGAGGAAUAUUGGUAGCGGUCUGCGGAAUCGGCACCAGAUCCUUAGCUGUCGCCUUGCGCACGGUUUGUUUCCCCGAAGCAUCGUCCUCUGGGUCUCGGACGUCGUAUUGGAUUCUGGAAAAGGGUUAACAUCAUCCGAUAAUCGAGAGUCGGUCAAACUUACGGCUUCUUAUCUUGCCACACUUUCUUAAUGAUACCAUGAAUCCCGACUCCUUCCUCAUGCUCCGCUUGGUCUUUGGGGUAUUUGUAAAACACUUCGGUUCCAGGGACCAGUUGGCCAGCC